AUUCUCCCAAAGAACUCGAAGCCUUGGAAGCGGAAGUGGCUAGCGUUAUUCGACAGGUGGCGGUGUGGACGAUGGAGUUAGAGGAGGUGAAUGCAAGCCGUUUGGAGAUUGAGAUUCGCUUCCUGCAAUUGGGCUCGGAGUUGAAGAAGAGCGUGACAUGCGUGCAGUUAGCCUCAAUUGACUUCGAACUCAUUCAAAUGAGACACAAUGAGCGAUGGAGGCGUUUUUUGGCCGACCAUAUGUGCUGUAUCGUGGAGUGUCUUUCUACUGUAAUUUUGUAA